AGUCGGUACAUAUGCAGAUAUAAAUAGCUGUGGAUGGCAUGCAUUUGGCAGACACAAGAUCAAAUAGUUAAGAAAAAGAUUAGAAAAUUGAAAGACAUGGCAGCAGCAAUGUCGUCAUCAGAUCUGAGUGAAUUCGUGAUGGUUAAGGGAAAUGGUGUAAAGGGUGUCUCUGAGAUGGGUCUGAAGAGUAUUCCAAGAGAGUACAUUCAGCCAUUGGAAGAGAGAACGAUGAAGGUUGUGCAUGGAGAGACCAUUCCCAUCAUUGACAUGUCGAAUGGGGACGAUGGUGAAGUGCAAGAUGCGAUCUGUGAUGCUGCUGAGAAAUGGGGUUUCUUCCAAAUCAUCAACCAUGGAGUGCCUCUGCAUGUGUUGGAGAAUGUGAAGGAUGCAACUCAUAGGUUCUAUGAGAUGCCACCUCAAGAGAAGGUUAAGUUCACCAAACAGAAUUCGGUUUCCAACCAUGUCAGAUAUGGCUCUAGCUUUAGCCCUGAAGCUGAGAAAGCUCUCGAAUGGAAGGAUUAUCUCAGUUUGUUCUAUGUUUCUGAGGAUGAAGCUCAGUCAACAUGGCCACCUGCUUGCAGGGAUGAAGCACUAGAAUACAUGAAGAGAUCAGAAAUCUUGAUAAAAAAACUUUUAAAUGUGUUAGUGAAGAAGUUAAACGUGAAUAAAAUUGACGAGACCAACGAAGCAUUAUUUAUGGGUUCAAAGAGGAUCAAUCUCAAUUAUUAUCCUAUUUGCCCUGACCAUGACCUAACGGUAGCGAUAGGGCGACAUUCAGAUGUCUCAACCCUUACUAUUCUCCUUCAAGACGACACCGGCGGCCUCCACGUCCGGUCACCGAACCACCGUGACUGGAUUCACGUGCCACCGAUCUCCGGUGCUCUAGUGAUCAAUAUAGGCGAUGCACUCCAAGUGAUGAGCAAUGGACGAUACAAGAGUAUUGAGCAUCGUGUGUCAGCCAAUGGAAGUAAAACUAGGGUUUCGGUUCCUAUUUUUGUGAACCCUAGACCUUCAGAUGUGAUUGGCCCUUUGACCCAAGUUCUUUCCAGUGGAGAGAAAGCCAUGUAUAAAAAUGUAUUGUAUUCGGAUUAUGUGAAGCAUUUCUUCAGAAAAUCUCAUGACGGGAAGAUGACAAUUGAGUAUGCCAAGAUAUGUUGAGUUUAAUUCCUUUAUGGGGGUAUACUUUGAAGAUGCAGCUAUUUGAAGUUAGUUAAUGCAUUAUGUAGCUUGAAUGUAUGUGCUUUCACAAUAAAGAGGCUUUUAGGGUUAAUUUUACAUCAAGGUGGCAAAAAAUCUCUAA